AUGGCCCCGCUAAGGUAUCGACCACGAACGAGUGCAAAAGAGAAUGGCGGCCUUCAGACCCCGUCGUCCAAACCUAUUGAUCGUCUGUCCAAGCCGUUUAGAUGCCCUGGAUCUGCUACACCCACACGAACAUCGGAUAAACCAGCGAGAAAACGAAGAAAAGUGAAUUAUGCCGGGGCUGAUGAGUCUGUGGAUGAUAACAGUGAAAAACCAUACACCAACGAGGAUCGUCUAGCACUCGCCACUAGAGAUGUGAAUAGAUUCCCUGUAUUCAAACCAAAAGAUAAAGAGGCGGCAUUCAGACAACAAUUCAAGAUACCAUUGAUCAACAAGACUGGCGACAGCUACAAUGGCUCUAGAUCGGCACCAACGCUGGGGAUGAGACAAGGUGCUACAUUCGUUGUGAAGCCUCUGCACGAUCCUAGUGGAGAAUUUGCAAUAGUGCUGUAUGAUCCGACUGUUGAUGACGUCGAUGAGAAUACUGAAGCAGAGUCAUUAGAAGAUGGGAAAACGGAAGAGCAGCAGCCCAAGUUAGAUGCCCCCCUUGUGCACAAGAGCUUAGCGGAUAUACUUGGCCUCAAGAAGGAGGUUGAGUCUCGUCCCAAGGUCCCGGUUGUGAUAGAUCCGAGGUUGGCAAAGGUCCUACGCCCGCACCAAAUCGAAGGUGUAAAGUUUUUGUAUCGUUGUACAACCGGUAUGAUCGAUAAGAACGCGCAUGGCUGUAUAAUGGCGGAUGGAAUGGGUCUGGGGAAAACGCUACAAUGCAUCUCAUUGAUGUGGACACUGCUCAAACAGUCUCCAGAGGCAGGAAAGACGCUUAUUCAAAAAUGUAUCAUUGCCUGCCCCUCAAGUUUGGUUGGCAACUGGGCCAAUGAGCUUGUGAAAUGGCUGGGCAAAGAUGCCAUCAUUCCCUUUGCUGUGGAUGGCAAAGCUUCUAAGGCGGAGCUCACAUCUCAGAUCAAGCAAUGGGCGAUCGCUUCGGGUCGCGCCGUUGUUCGGCCUGUGCUUAUUGUAUCCUACGAAACGCUCAGGAUGUAUGUCGAGACAUUGAAGGAUAAUCCAAUUGGGCUACUUCUAUGCGAUGAAGGCCAUCGACUCAAGAACAAGGACAGCUUAACAUGGACUGCACUUAAUAGUCUGAAUGUGCAACGUCGUGUUAUCUUAUCUGGGACUCCUAUCCAAAACGAUCUUUCUGAAUAUUUCGCCUUGCUCAACUUUGCCAACCCAGAUUUACUAGGGUCCCAGAAUGAAUUUCGGAAAAGGUUCGAGCUGCCCAUUCUCAGGGGUAGAGAUGCUGCAGGAACAGACGAAGACAAGAAGAAAGGCGAUGAACGUUUAGCUGAACUCUCGACCAUCGUCAACAAGUUCAUUAUCCGCCGAACAAACGACAUACUGACGAAGUAUUUGCCAGUCAAGUACGAGCACGUUGUUUUUUGCAACAUGUCUCAGUUUCAGCUUGGAUUAUAUAACCAUUUCAUUCAGAGCCCAGAGAUUAGGAGCUUGCUCAAGGGCAAGGGCAGUCAGCCUCUCAAGGCAAUUGGCCUUUUGAAAAAGCUUUGUAAUCACCCAGACCUUCUCAACCUUUCCACAGAUCUUCCCGGGUGCGAAUACACUUUCCCAGAGGACUACGUGCCGCCCGAGGCAAGAGGGCGUGACCGCGAUAUCAAAUCUUGGUAUUCGGGGAAAAUGAUGGUUUUGGACCGAAUGCUAGCACGCAUACGUCAAGAUACAAACGACAAGAUUGUGCUUAUUAGCAAUUAUACACAAACACUUGAUCUGUUCGAGAAGCUAUGCAGGUCAAGGGGGUAUGGCUCAUUGAGACUGGACGGCACCAUGAACGUGAAUAAGCGAUCAAAGCUAGUCGACAAGUUUAACAAUCCAGAUGGGGAAGAAUUUGUGUUUCUUCUCAGCAGCAAGGCUGGAGGCUGCGGUCUGAAUCUGAUAGGCGCGAAUCGCCUUGUGCUGUUCGACCCAGAUUGGAAUCCAGCUGCUGACCAACAAGCAUUAGCACGAGUUUGGCGUGACGGUCAGAAGAAAGAUUGUUUCGUUUAUCGUUUCAUCGCGACUGGUUCCAUCGAAGAGAAAAUUUUCCAACGUCAGUCUCAUAAGCAAUCACUCUCCUCAUGUGUCGUGGACUCAGCGGAGGAUGUUGAGCGGCAUUUUUCUUUGGAAUCUUUGCGUGAGCUAUUCCAAUUCAAACCGGAAACUCGAAGUGAUACCCAUGACACUUUUAAAUGCAAGAGAUGCAGACCCGAUGGGACACAGUUUAUCAAGGCGCAAGCUAUGUUGUACGGCGACACCAGUACCUGGAAUCACUUUGUUAAUGAUGGCGAAAAGGGUGCCCUCAGCAAGAUCCAGGACCUGCUGAUACGCCAGGAAACCGGGGAGACAGAUGUUUCCGCGGUAUUCCAGUACAUAAGCCACUAA